AUGAGCUUGGAGCUCCCUCAGCCCUACAUCAAUAUCAUCAUGGAAUAUCACAAUCUGGCCAGGAAGUCCGUGUACCCCGGCGCGGCAGACAUGCAGACAAUGGUAAGUGAAGACGCUCAAUGCGAAAUGCCAAAUAGACGCGACAGGUCAUUGCUUAGAGGAACAUUUCUGACGUUCGUAUUUGCCUUUAGACCUACGACAAAAAAUUGGAAAAACUAGCUGAGGAGUGGGUGAGGCAGUGUGUGUACGAACACCCAACGUCGGAAAGAUAUAAGCCGUACGGGCAGAAUCUGGCGGUUGCGGGAAAUCGAGAUCCCCUCGACAGUCUACACAUUGCAAUGACUCUGUGGUAUGCGGAGAGAGCGGAUUAUCUCGGUAAGGAAAAUUACUGCUUGAAACAACCCUGCACCCAUUACACUGCGGUACGUUUAUUUCUUUGGCAGAAUUUUCAACAUGUAAAAAAUCAUUUUUGUUAAUUGUAAAAUUUUCCGUUUCGUUGAUAUUCUAAAUCACGACAGGCUGCGCCGCAAGAUUUGUCUCAGGGAGGUUAUUUUUUGUCUGGCCCACUGUAGAUGAUUUGGGCAAACACAACCAAAGUAGGCUGUGCCUACAAUAGAUGUGACAACAUAUUCGGCAUGAAGACGUACCUGUGGGCAUGCCAAUACUAUCCCAGGUAAGUUGGGUUUCUCUAACGCAGCAAAGUUGAACAAUUGGCCUUCUUGCAGUUUAAAGCCCUUUGCACAUUUGAAAGUUUGUUUGCAUACCGUGUAGUGCAAUGCUAAUACGACAUAUUAAAAGUUAUAUAAUUGUCCCUUAUUAGUUUCGCAAACGUUGCAGUAAUUUACACGAGAGUGUUAUUUGGAAUCCCACCCCAAUUUGAGCAUCGCCAGCAGAUGUAGUCUCGUCCGUUUUUAUUUCUGAUUGGACUGGUAAGCUGGCUGGGAAUCGGUAACGCUUAAUUCAGUCCUCUAUGCCUUUACUGACAAUGCUUCUCGAUUCGCAGUGAACGCAUUUUCGCAUUACAUAUUAUGCUGUGGUCUCACUUCGCCUAAAAUGCACUCAUGUUGCCUCCUUGUCAGAGCAGCAGAAGAUCCUGUUCCCGGAGACAUGGGAAGUUAAUUGUGACUAGGAAAAUAAAAGGACGAAAGCACGUGUAUUGGUAAUGGAGGAAAUCGUGUACAUUGAUAAUCUAAGAUUUCUGUCGCGACGACGAAUGCCAAUGCACAUUUAAAACUGAAAGUCCAUUUGCACAAGAGGCGAGCAAAUUUGGGACUUUAUUUCAUAUUGUUUGCUCAAAGAUCCUGGGUCGACGGCAUUCACGGUGUUUUGACCCAAAUUUCUUGCUCUAGUGCCCUGCGCAAUAACAGAAAGCAAUGUUCUAGCCAUGGAUUUUCUAGCCAAAUUGGAAAGUUUGUGUUGUAUGAUAAAGAUGCGCAGUUUAGGAAUCCGUUGGUUAUCUUUAUUCCAUUAUUCAUUCUGGAAUUUAAUUGAAUCAGCCUAGCAAAGCGAAGUGUGCGAAACGAUACAUUACAAAAUGGAGUUCCGAGUUCAAUUAAUGACUCCGCUGUUUCUUCUAAAUUUCAGAGGAAAUUGGAUAGGCGAUGAGCCGUACAAGAAGGGCAACGCCUGCUCGAAAUGUCGCCGUGGACAGAAAUGCAGACUGCGUCAAUGUCUCUAA